UUUACUCCACGGGCCAUCGGCACUGUCAGUGUCAGAAUGUCGCGCACCCACCGUCUUGUAAAUCUCGCACGAGUCAAGAUCACGGCACCGCUUCGCCGUUCCUUCCCCCGUGUCCGUUGCCGUUCCCCGGCAGAUAGCAUCGGAUACGGUAGCCAGUAGUCCCCCGUCAAAUCAUUGAUCCCACCGGCGGGGGGAUCGGCUACCGUUCAGUUCACGGGGAAGUCGUGCCGUGCCCGGAUGAUAACGAAAUGGGUGGUGGGAGUGGGGGAGAGCAUGUCAUCAUGUUGUAGAUACCAGAUCUCGACUCAUGGGAAUGCAUGGCAUACUACCUAGCAUCGUGGUUCUUUCUGCCCUGAUGUUUGAUUUUUGUCGUGCAUUUCUUGGAAUCCUUAUUCCCUCCUUAUUUGCUGCUUCGCUUCAGGGGGUUUUCUUGUCAUGUAUGGCUACGCUUGCGCUUGCGAAUGCCAAUUGCUUACCAUGUGGAAUCAGGCCUUGGCCAAGUCCAAAUUCACAGUGCACCGAGAUAGGAAAAAGAACACACGCCCCAUCACCGGUACGACGAGGUGUUGCAGUUCUGUCUAGUUGGUGCACCAUAGAUCUAGAGUCUAGGCGCGGCCGGCGGGGCAGGGCAUCUCGUAGGUACGCCGCAAGAAUGAUGUCAAGUCCAUCCGUAGCCUGUGAAAAAGAUAGCGCGGGACGGGGAUGAUCGGCUCCGGGGUUCUCAUCCGUUGGUGCCC